UUUUAAAACUUUGACGGUGGACGACGGAAAUUAUUCAACGGAAAAUGAAUGAUUUACCAACAAAUUCUGGGCAUUCUCGUGGACGCGGGCGCGGAACAAAACAGAAGGACGAUGCAAACCGUGGCUUGGGUCUGCAGUUGGGGCAAUCUUCUAACGAGGCUCGUCCGGAUAAACCUGUCCCCCCAGCGGACGCGUUAAAAACGUCGGAGGUCAUACCCAAGUCUAAGGAUACUGAAGCUCAAGCCAUUGAAGGCGAUCCUCGUGGGUCUGUACGUGGACGACGCGUAAUAACUGAAGUUGUGCACUCUCGUCCUCAGGGACUUACAACCAAAGCUGGAAUCAGCGGCACGAAAAUAAAUGUCCAAACCAAUUAUUUUAAGCUGUUAAAACGUCCAUGCUGGACCAUUUUCCAGUACCGGGUUGAUUUUGAACCUGAAGUCGACAACACACGUUACCGUCGUGGGUACCUUUACGAACAUAAAAACAUAUUGGGUGGAUACAUUUUCGACGGAACUAUUUUAUUCUGCACAACUCAGUUCAACUUCAAGGAAUUAGUGACAAAAAAUCACGCAGGAGAGAACAUUACCAUCAAAAUUAAGUAUGUUGGUUUAGUUGAAGCAGCUGACAAUCAACAAUUCCAAGUGCUUAAUCUUCUCUUACGAAAAGCAAUGGAGAGUCUUAGUCUCCAGCUUGUAUCCCGCAACUAUUAUGAUGCUAAGGCGAAGAUUAAACUUAAUAAUUACCGCGUGGAAUUGUGGCCUGGAUAUCAAACAUCGAUUCGUCAACACGAGUCUGAUAUAUUAUUGUGUGCCGAGGUCGUUCAUAAGGUAAUGAGAACGGAUACCUUGUAUGACAUCCUAAGUGAGGCGAUUCGGGAUACCGAAAACUUUAAAGAUGCUUUUCGACGCCAAGUAAUGGGUAUGAUAUGUCUUACUGAUUACAACAAUAAAACCUAUCGCAUCGAUGAUGUCGACUUUGGAUUGAACCCCUUGUGUAAGUUUAACACUAAAGAUGGAGAUAUAUCGUAUGUGGAAUAUUAUAAAAAGAGAUAUAAUAUCACAAUUCGUGACCAUAAGCAGCCAUUGGUGGUGUCACGACCUACCGAGAAAAACAUUCGUGGUGGCACGGAUCAGCUUAUUAUGCUAGUUCCCGAAUUGGCUCGAGCUACUGGAAUGACUGAUGCUAUGCGAGCAAAUUUUCAAUUAAUGAAAGCAAUGAGCGAGUUUACCAGAUUGAAUCCGGACCGUCGCAUUGAACGCCUGCGCGCAUUCAACAAGCGCUUGCAAUCGUCGAAAGAGAGCAUGGAUGUGUUAAAAUCGUGGAAUAUUGAACUUGAUACAGCUUUGGUGGACAUCCCAGCUCGCGUUUUAUUUCCUGAGAAAAUAGUUUUUGGCAAUCAAAAGCGAUUCGUAUGCGAUAACCGUGCUGAUUGGACUAUGGAAUUCCGAAAUAACUCAAUGUACUCGCAUGUGGACAAAAAAUACGUUUUUGACAAGUAA